CUAACGCAUCUUACGAUUUGCAUUGAAUGAGAUCGUUCUCUUCGCGUGAGAACUCUUGCUAAACCGAUAAAAAAACGUUCGAAUCGCCUUUUCUGUAUAACGCAGGGGAACGAACUGAAUUUCAUGGAUGAAAGAAAUACCGCGGUUAAAGUACAGUAAUUGUUCUACUUAACGUCUAAUUUAUGAACAACACUAGGAGUUUUAAUCUAUUACUAUUCGGUGAAAUAUUUUAUUCAGUAAAAAUGCGAAGUAAUGUCAAUAAAAAAUAUUUAUCUUAAAUUGUAGAAAAGAAGAUAUUUCGAAUCAGAAUCUUAUCGUUAUUUAUUGUCUAGUGAGUCACCUGAGAGGCUCGUUGAAACGAAAUUCGCCACGCGAUCAUCUGUCGAUCGGUAAUAAAAUUGACCUUGAUUUUCAUACACGUUUCCUCGUUUCAAAGCGUUAAAUGAAAAAUAUUCUUUAUUAAUGUCUCUCUUCAACCAGUCAGUGAAAAUCAAACAACAGUCAUCGAUUGCGAUAUCAAUUGAUAAAACUAGAUUAAGAACGGUCAGCGUAGAUAAAGCGUAAACUAACAGUUCGAUUGUUCGUUGAAACAAAGUCCGACAAGACACGGAUUCGUGUUACCCGUUCGGCGGAGCAUAGGUUGGAACAGCUGAAGAAGGCGACUGACAGAAUACAGAAAGAGAUCGAAGAGGUCACGGAGAGGGAGCACGAGCUGAGGAACGUGGGCAGCAUUAAAACCACAUCCCACGAGACGGUUGAUUCCAAGGUACGACGAAUGCCGCAAGCUUUAACUUCAGGAAAGUUAAAGAGGACAACGUCCACCCCGCAAAUUCUGGAAGCAGUUAGUUUAACUCCAUCGACACCACCUUUAACACCAAAGAUGACGAACGGAGUGAUAUCCAGUCGCACAACACCGACACCUUUACGUUUCGCGACAGCGCCCAGCCAAAAAGGGUUGAUGCAUAGGUUUCUGGCUACCCGAGGGAAAAUUUACAAACCGAAAUCCACUGUUAACGACACACUGACACCACCUACCACGCCUACUAUCACACUGAACCCAUUGAGUAUUAAAGCUUUCAACAAGAGUCUGGAAAUUCAAUUUGAACCAGACGACGAACCUAAGAAGCCGCCGGUCAGGAAAGGAUACGUUCCGGUGGAAGAAAAAAUUCAGAAAGAAUUGCAUGAAAUGAAAGAGCGAGAAAAUGAGCUCAGAUUAAUGCGGUCGCAGAUGCUGGCGAAAUCUCAACCAAAUUUAUUAGAUAUUGGUAAUGACAAUGAUUCGGACAUAUAUGAUGGUUCGAGCUCUUUAAGAAGUGGCACCUCGUCUAACACUUUAAAUGAGGAUGAAGUAGAAAAGGAAGCUAAAGGAAAGCACAAGCCUAAUCCACGACGUCGAAGCACCCUCAUCGCGCAAUGGGAAAAUUUGAUAGCUGCAAAAAAGGAAUCGAACGAUAAGAACAAUGAGAACGAUUUAAAUUUCUAAAAAGUUUCUACGCAUUGUAAAAACUAAACAAUCAAUUUCUAUCAUCGUUCUUUGAAAGUCGCUAACGGGUAUGGUAAGAUCAGCUGAAACAUUUCCAUUACCCUCAGCAUUCAAACCUAACACAGUACCACCCUUACCAUACUGAUAUUUAUCAGUCUGAUAAAACAACCUUUUUCAUAUCAGUAUGUAACUCACCAUAAGUAUAAUACGAUAAGCAUAUAAUGUUUUAUUCUUAAAAUAAUUAUACGCAUCAUGCAUUUUCGGGCGACGCAACAAUGCAUGUCACGAUUUAUAAAAAUACUUAACAACAGGCACACCAAUACACGUAUUAAGCGAAAACUUAUCAUAAUGACGAUCGAUGUAUCUACCGCAGUGUUGUUGUCGGUGUCCAUAUCAGUUCCAGUAAAAUCCAUAAUUUAAUCAAAA